ACCAAUAAAAUCCCGUUUUCGUGCAAAAUUCACACGAAUCUUUGGAAAAAUCAUCAAAAAGUGACACUCCAACGUUAGAUCGCGUCGCAAGCCAUAUAAAAUCGUAAAAGAACGGACAGUGCACACACAAAAAAGCAGUGAAAAAUCAAAAAUUGUGAGAAAAAAUUCCUUUCUUCCGACAUUUUGUGAAAAUUUUUGUUAAUUGAAGAAAAGUCAACGGAAAGCAAGUGCAAAAAAGAGCUGUGCGGGUCAUGUCAUGAGAAUCAUCGACAGCAACAAGCAGAUUAUGAACAAUAACAUCACUAACAACAACAACAACAACAUGAGAAUGGACGAGGGAGGAAUGAAUAACAACAACGGAGCAGGCAAUGCAAAUAAAGGAAUGAUGCCCGGAACGGAGGACCAAAGCAACAUAAAUGCCAAUAACGUGGCGCAAUACACGAUUCCGGGCGUUUUGCAUUAUCUCCAGCACGAAUGGGCGACUUUUGAGUUGGAGCGUUCGCAAUGGGAUGUCGAUCGGGCCGAACUCCAAGCGAAAAUUGCCGUCUUGCUGGGCGAACGAAAGGGACAAGAAGCAUUAAAAGCAGAUUUAAUUCGUCGAAUCAAGAUGUUGGAAUACGCUUUGAAGCAAGAACGUGCGAAAUUUCAUCGUCUCAAGUACGGAUGCGAUCCUCCGAAUGCCGAUUUGAAGCUGCCGCCCGAAGAUUCGACAACGACAACUAUCAUUACAGACGUCGCUGCCGACGCCGAGGUCCCUUUUAGUGCAGUUUCGAAUAUCACGUGGCGCCAAGGACGACAAUUGCUGCGACAAUAUUUGCAGGAAAUCGGUUACACGGAGCAGAUAAUCGAUGUACGUUCGAAUCGCGUUCGUUCGUUGCUUGGUUUGAACAACAAUCAGGACCAAGAGGAGAAUGUAAACCCAAAUGUGAAUGGCGACACGACUCAUAAACGGGUUUUUUCAGCGAAUGAUCGCACGGAAGGCGGUUUAGGAUGUUCGCCCGCGAAAAAAUCCCAACAAACGGAAAUAAUGGAGCAAAUGUUACUCGAAUCUGAAGCAGCGGUAUUGGCAAAUUUUGAAUUUUUGGCACAAGCUGACGUCGAAAUGUCCGAUGACGAUGACAUGGGCGACGAUUUGAAUCUCGGAGACACCAACAAGAACGAAAGUGACACAAAAACGACGAAGCGCAAGGCAAAAGCGAUGAACGAUGUCGAUGCGGAAGCCGACGAAGUACUCAACGAGUUGAAUUUGUUGGGUUCUGACACGAAUAACGAAAAUAAUCGCAGCAAUAAUAAUCAAAAUAACGAAGAAUGGGCUGGAAACACGACAAAUUACGGGAAAGCAUUACCGCGACACAUUCCGGGCAUGCCAACAUCGGGCGACGACGAGAUGGAUCAAUCUUUGGGCUUGGGCGAACUCGCACAAUUGACCGUAACAAACGAAGCAGAGUCCACAUAUGAUGUCGGAAACGCUAAAGAACCUUAUCGCAAGACCUGGAAUGCCAAAUAUACGUUGCGAUCGCAUUUCGAUUGUGUUCGCGCCUUGGCAUUCCAUCCCGAGGAGCCUGUUCUCAUCACGGGAUCCGAAGAUCACACCCUGAAAUUGUGGAAUUUACAAAAAACUGUUCCUGCCAAGAAAUCCGCGAGUCUCGAUGUUGAACCCCUGUACACUUUUCGCGGGCAUACAAGUCCCGUUUUGUGCUUAGCCAUGAGCACAAAUGGCGAACAAUGUUACAGCGGAGCGUUGGAUGGCACAAUCAACUGUUGGAAUUUACCAAAUCCCAAUAUCGACCCAUACGACAAUUACGAUUCGGAUGUUUUGAGUGCCCCGCUCGAGAGUCACACUGACGCUAUUUGGAGUUUAUCGGUACAUCACACGAAAGAAGUUGUCGUUUCCGCAUCCGCUGAUGAAACAGUGAAGCUAUGGGCGCCUCAAGAACUAAAACCGCUUCUUCAAACUUUCGAAUCUGAGGAUGGCGCGCCAACUUCUGUCGAUUUCGUGCGCAAUGAACUCGAUAAAAUUGUCGUUUCGUAUCAAAAUUCAAAGUGUUGCGUUUUUGACACGGAAACGAAAAAAGUUGUCUUACGCUUUGAGGCAGCCCAAGACAGCAGUUCGAGUCUCAGCAAGUACUUUUACAAGGUCAUCUGCCAUCCGACACUCCCGAUGAUGAUAACGGCACACGAGGAUCGACACAUUCGCUUUUGGGACAGCAAUACGGGCGCUUUGGUACAUGCCAUGGUUGCCCAUUUGGAUGCCGUCACAAGUCUCGCUAUCGAUUCGCAUGGGCUUUAUUUGCUCUCCGGGUCCCAUGAUUGCUCGAUUCGCUUAUGGAGCAUCGACAACAAGACUUGCGUGCAGGAAAUUACGGCGCACCGCAAGAAAUUCGAUGAAAGUAUACUGGAUGUGGCAUUCCAUCCAUCGAAACAAUAUAUUGCCAGUGCAGGUGCUGAUGCAAUUGCUAAAGUAUUCGUCUAAUAUUAAUUAUUAAAAAUAAAUUGUAACGACACACAACUUACCUACUCAUACUCUAAAUCUAGCGAAAAAAACGAAGUUUUGCAUCAUAAUCAUAAAAAAAAAGAAAAAUUUUAACAAAAAAAAAACGUAGAAACGCUCGUGGCCCUUUUAAAAAAAAAUUGGCAGAAACUGCUUUGUUAUUAGAAAUAUUUCUAUCUUUAUAAAAAAAAAAUUAUUAAGUUAAAAGAAUAAUUUCGUUAGUUCUUAAAAAAACACUUAGAAAGGAAUGUUAGGAGUUAUUUAUAAAAAAAAAUAUUAUUAAUUAUUUUAUUUUUCUGAAUUAAAUUAAAUAGUAUCGAUAAAUAAUUUUCUUUCUUUUCAAAAAACUUUC